UGACGUCAGCAGGCCGUCAGACUGUGUUGAUGUUUUGUGCUCAAGCUCUCGACCGGGAAGACGAGACGGUUUUUUUCUUUUUUUCUUCUUGUUUGUGGCUUCGGCGUCCAAAAACGUCGACGAGGAUCUUCGUCCCGUCCGCUGCUUCUUCCUCCACGACGUUAGCUCCAUGUUUAGCGGCUAGCGGCCCGACAGCAGGCCCGAAGCAGCGAAUCUUUUGAUCCAAAAAGGCAGGACUCGUCGCCCUCUGGCCCCCCUCCCUCCCUCCCUCCCCGCACCACCAUGACGAUCCUGCCCAAAAAGAAGCCCAGCUCGGGGGUCGGGGGAGCGGAUCACGCCGAUGACAGCGACCGGCGGAGCGGAGCGGACUCUCACCAGCACCCGCACCCGCACGCGGGGAGGACCGGAGCUCGGCCGCGGGCUUCGCCUCCGCCGUGGUCCUACCAGCCCGCGCCGCCCUCGGCUAGGGACGAGCGGCGGAGCAUCGAGGCGAGCUCGCGGCCGCAGCAGGCCUCUCCGCCGCCUGGCGGCUCCGUGGCCUCCGUGGCACCGGGCGACGUCCGGGACGGUGGCGGCAUGGUAGCAACAUCUCGCGGGGACCUGGUGGUGCAGGCGGGCGUCGUGGGCUGCGGAGGGAGCAUCGGCGGCUGCUGCUCCGGGCCCGGGCUAAGCAAGAGGCGGCGGCAGGCGGGCACCUGCUCCGGUGCCGUGGUGGCAGCGCUGGCCGGAGGGGGCCAGCCCGGCGUGAGCGUCCCCGGCGGGGUGGGAUCCAGCAAGGAGCAGGACGAGGGAGCCGGAAACAACAGCGAGGACGAGUACGAGAACGCCGCCCGCUUGCAGGCCGUGGACCCGGCCACCGCCGAGCAGCAGGAGCACUGGUUUGAAAAAGCUUUGCAAGACAAGAAAGGUUUUGUCAUCAAGAAGAUGAAGGAGGACGGUGCGUGUCUCUUCAGAGCUGUGGCUGACCAGGUGUAUGGAGAUCAGGACAUGCACGAGGUGGUGAGGAAACACUGCAUGGACUACCUGAUGAAGAACGCCGAUUAUUUCUCCAACUACGUGACGGAGGACUUCACUACGUACAUCAACAGGAAGAGGAAAAACAAUUGCCAUGGCAACCACAUUGAGAUGCAGGCCAUGGCGGAGAUGUACAACAGGCCAGUGGAGGUGUAUCAGUACAGCACAGAGCCAAUCAACACCUUCCACGGCAUCCACCAGAACAACGACGAGCCCAUCCGAGUGAGCUACCACCGCAACAUCCACUACAACUCCGUGGUCAACCCCAACAAGGCCACCAUCGGCGUGGGCCUCGGCCUGCCCGCCUUCAAGCCAGGGUACGCGGAGCAGACUCUGAUGAAGUCGGCCAUCAAAACGUCGGAGGAGUCGUGGAUCGAGCAGCAGAUGUUGGAGGACAAGAAGCGAGCCAGCGACUGGGAGGCCACGUGCGAAGCCAUCGAGGAGCAGGUGGCCAGGGAGUCGUACCUGCAGUGGCUGCGCGACCAGGAGAAGCAGGCCCGACAGCCCAGAAAAGCCAGCGCCACCUGCAGCUCGGCCACGGCGGCGGCCUCUAGCGGCCUUGACGAUUGGAGCGCUCGGUCGCCACGGCAACGGGAUGCCGACCCCACCCACCCGGACCUGACGAGCGCCACGUCGACCGCCAUCAAGCCCCCGUCCCCGGCGGGCGCCGCCCUCAUCCUCAGCAAACCGCCCUCGCCGUGUGCGCCAGGUAAUGCUUGCCACGGACACACCUACCUGAACCACUUCCGUUUGGCGGGCACCUCAAUAGUGUGUGCUUGUGUGUGUGUAGGUCCCAGUAAUCCAAGUCGGCAUCAUUUAGAGUACAGAGCCAUCAUGCAGGAGAUGUCACCUACAGCGUUUGGUUUGACCGACUGGGAGGACGACGAGAUCCUGGCGUCGGUCCUGGCCGUGUCCCAGCAGGAAUAUUUGGACAGCAUCAAACAUCAGGGUGGUGCCGUGCAGCAUCGAGAGCGUGAAGCGUCACCUGACAGCAGCUGAUGGACACAACACACGCACGCGUGACCUAUGACCCCGACCCCACUCGUCACCUCCGACCCCUCAGAAGACCGCCAGGGAUACAUUCGACCCGAAAGAAAGAAACGCAGUCUCUCCCUCCUCGUCCCUCCAUUCCUUCUCUCCGUCGCCAUCAUGGAUCCUCCCAGCUUGUCUUGGUUUUACGAGCCACCCGCCAACCCCACGCUAGCCGACCGCGCCAUUUACGAUUGCCGAUCACUUUGUCGAAGGAACCGCUCCGUCGGCGAAUACGCGUCACACGUUGCGUCCGUGAUGGGUGUGGUCACAUGACCUCGCCUUCAAUCAUAUUUAUUUAUUCUGGUUUGCACAUGUGCAGUGAAAGCGCUAUAUUCACACACGUUUCCGCGGCCUUAGCCGCUAGCAGUUAGCCGGGACAAAGGGAACUUCAUACCAGGUUAAAAUGUUCGCGCGAAACGAUCGAACGCCUUCGUAAAAAUGUGGAAAUACUUUUUACCGAGUUAGCGUAAGCACUCCGCUUAUGGGCUUGUUGAGGUCACAUCCUGGCGGCCUUCAGUGCUAAUCGCUAUCGACCACGCAGCACAAUGGCGUGUGAGUGAGGCUAACCCAGAAGAAAAGACAGCGGCGAGUCCGACGCCACAUGCUAUGUUAGCAUGUUGUCAACGCUAACGCCUGAAGUCUUACUGUCGUACAAUUGAGAAGUACUUCCUGUCUUCAGCCAGUGUGUUUACGUUCCAUCGUCCGCUUUGAGACUUUUUUUUUUUUUUUUUAAUAUAUAACAUCUAGCUCUUCCUCUUCUUACCGCCUUCAUCAUCAUCAUCAUCAUCGCCACAGACUUCUUAGCAGCAUGUUUGAUCACGACCAAUAUCGCCAUGGAGACAAAAGCGACAAACAAAAAAAACGAAGAAAAAAAACGUAGAGAAUUGUCAUACUUAUCCUCUUGAUGAUUGAUUAUUGUUGUUAUUAUUAUUAAUAAUAUAAGUUUGUUUUAUUUCAUCGCUUGGGAUGAAAAUAUUUUUUUUCUUGGAAUAAAAAGAGGAAAAUGUUUCGGACAAGA